AUGGCAUAUUUGCCUGCAGCCGCCAUCUUCCUGACGGCCUUAUUUUCCGGGUCUGCCUACGCCGCGACGGCCUACAUCGACCCGGACCUCACUCCGUCUUUCCCCAACGUGGAUCCGAUUUCCUAUGUUGAUACCAGCCGGACGGAGUAUGAUCGAAUUGUGCUCAAUGUCGACGGCAAGCCAUUCUUUUACAAUGGGGUGCAGCUGCGCGUCGAUAAGAUGAAGAACCACUGGAACAUGACGGAUGCGCAGAUCAGCCCUUUCUUUCAGCGUGUCGCCAACGACGGAUUCACCGUGGUGAACUCGCAGAUCACCUGGUGGGACAUCCAGCCAGACACCUACUACAACGCCACCGAGUCAACUUACAUCCGGGGCGGCAGCUACACGGCCACCAAUUACGCUGACGAGGCCUCGCACGAGAUCGGCUACAACGCCAGCGACGCGUCGCAGCAGGAGCUGACCUACCUCAAGUUCGAUUUCACGGCGUAUACGCUGGACCAGAUCGAUGCGGCCAAGGUACGUGUUUACGUCAAUGCCGCUCCCGACGGCGAUGUGGCCUUCUCGGCCAACCUCUACGGCAUCACCAACAACACUUGGUCUGCCGACACCCUAACCUGGAGCAACGCUCCCAACCAUGAUGGCAUUCAGAUCCAGGGGACGAACGGCACCGACUACUGGUGGACUGCCAGCAACCCCUCGUGGGACCCGAUCAACGAAGCCUCGUACUAUGAUUUCGACGCCUCUGAUUUCAUCGUCAAUCACUGCCCCGACGGCAUCGCCAGCUUCAUCCUACAGCCGCAAGUGAACGACACCGCCGUGCCCAACGGAGCCACCCUCGACGGCGUGCGUGGGACGUACCCACCGGAGCUCUGGCUCUCGAGCAGCGAUAGCUGGAACUUCGACCACGUCGACAACGUGCUUGACUGGGCGGGCGCCGCGGGUCUCAAGAUGGAGAUCCUUUGGUUCGGCUCCGACACGACCAGCGCCACGGUGGACUUCCGUGUCCCGUACUUCGUCUACCGACACGUACUUGUCCAGAAGGUGCAGUCGGACGGCACGGUGGUGCCGGCGAUGCUCAAGAAGCAGGGUUACGACCAGGGAGUGUACUGGUACCUGACCGACAAGAACGACCUCGCGCUGCGGGCGCUGGAGAAAACGGCGCUCAAGACGCUCCUCAACCACGUGGCCGAGUACAACGCGGCCAACGGGGACCUGAAGACGCUGGUGGGAGUGGACGUGGCUAACGAGAAUUCAGUGACGCACAUUCAUGGCGUGGGGGACACCGUCUACCACAACCCGCUCACCUGGGGCGCCUACGGCAACUUCUCCUCGCAGGCCGCCUUCGUCGCACGCACCGAGUGGGAGUACUCGGUCAACCUGGCCAACGGGGUCAAGGAGUCGAAUUAUCCCGUGUGGACGCGGCUGAACACCUUCACCACCGCCGAGGAGAAGUCGAUCGACUACAACGAGGCCCAGCGGUUGACGACGGGCACCAGCCUCGACUUCGUCGGCCUCGACCCCUACUCGACCUCGACGUCGGUGCUGUACGCCUACGGCCAUGAGACCGUUGCCAUCGGCGGCUCAGACGAGAAUUGGGCCAGCGGGUCCAAUCUGCCCAUGGUCAUGGAGAACUCGGGUGCCACCUCCUCCGCCGAGUCCCUGCUGAUGGCCUCGCUGGCGGGCGGCGCCUUCUACAACGUCUACGAGUACAUGGGCCCGGACAACUACGGCCUAUACUACCCCAAGAGCACCACCACGCGGGACUUCACUCCGGUCGCGCGCAGCUCCUACGUCGCCGAUGUGAUCGCGACCAACAAGCUACUCAAGGCGCUCGCGCUGGACCUCUCGACCAAGCUGCCCGCCGGCGCCGGCGGCACCCGCCUCGUCUACUUCAACCCCUUCAGCAACAGCACCCUAGACCAGCGCAGCAUCGGGGACUUUACCGUCAGCUACAGCCCCGCCUCCACUGGCGGCGUGGGCAUUGGCAUCCUCCGCAGCGACCAGACCCUGCUCCUGGCCAGUACGCGCAACUCCACCUUCACCGUCGCCGGCCUGUCCACCUACGGCAUCAGCGCCGUUGAAUAUGGCUACUACACCUCGGCCGGAGACUUCGUCGCCAAUGGCACUGUCACCUACAACUCCACCUCGACCGGUCUCACCGUCCCGGUUCAUCAGGAUCAGCUGGUUCACAUUGAGACGAAGACGGCCUUCACCUUGCCCUAG